AUGGCGUCCAUGAAUAAUCAAGAUCAUGGUUCUCAGUCUAGUCUACACGGGCUAAAUGCCGAGUUGGACAAUAUUUACAGCACGUACACCAGUAGCAACAAUAAUGGCAGUGUUGACACGCUUGACUCCAAUUCGGAUCAAGCACCGGGACGAAGUGAAAGGGUGUUUCGGACAACUAGGCUCAUUCCUAAUCAUAAGCGGUUGCCAGAUGUACACAUUUCAUCAAGGUUGUCAUCGCUUAAUUUGCUGGAGGACAGGGACAUUACACACAGCGCCCCACAAUCGCCCAAUUCGUCGACAUCGUUUGAUUUCAAUCCAAGGGACCAUCAUGCGGUAACUAAUUCGUCGCUUAAUGUAUUAUUGGACACUCCGACGACUGAAGCAGAAUUCAUGAACCUCGUUGAUUCUACGCCAACGCCAACUGCGGAAAGUUUGGGCGAUUUUCAGGCGCAAGAAUCUAAUCUUGACCCAUCAGUAGCUCAGAAUAACAACGAAAACUGGAAUGAUAGGGGUGCAGCCGUAAGAAAAGUAGAGGAUAAAAAAUCAAAAUUUAGGCUUAUCAAACGAGGUGUGCAAGAUUUUGAAUUUGGUAAAUCGCUAGGUGAAGGAUCGUACUCGACUGUGGUUUUAGCUACAGAUAAACACACCUCACAGAAAUACGCAGUAAAAAUAUUAGACAAGAGACAUAUUAUAAAAGAAAAGAAAGUAAAAUACGUUAAUAUAGAAAAGCAUGCUUUAAAUCGUUUAAGCAACAGAGUUGGUAUCAUUUCAUUGUAUUUUACAUUUCAAGAUAAAGCGUCGCUUUAUUUCGUUCUUGAUUAUGCAUCCAAUGGGGAAUUAUUGACUUUAAUUAAAAAGUAUAGCACACUUAACGAAGAUUGUGUUCGGUACUUCGGUGCUCAAAUUUUGGAUGCAAUCAAGUAUAUGCACGAUAAUGGUGUUGUUCACAGGGAUAUUAAGCCGGAAAAUAUCUUGCUUGAUGAUAAAUUAAGAAUUCAAAUUACUGAUUUUGGUACUGCAAGAAUAUUAGAAAAGAAGAACGAUGAAAGUGAAGACUAUCCGGUUGAUGUUAGAGCUAAAUCGUUCGUUGGUACAGCCGAGUACGUGUCGCCAGAAUUAUUGGAAAAUAAAUACUGUGGUAAGCCAGGUGAUAUUUGGGCCUUCGGUUGUAUAGUCUAUCAAAUGAUUGCUGGUAAACCACCAUUCAAGGCCACUAAUGAAUACCUCACUUUUCAAAAGAUUACUAAGUUGCAAUAUGCGUUUAGUGCCGGUUUUCCGAUGAUCGUUAGAGAUUUAAUUAAGAAAAUAUUGGUUUUACAACCUUCCAAGCGUAUUACCAUUCCACAAAUUCAAAAGCAUUUCUUUUUCCAAUCCGUAAAAUGGAAUGACACGGACCUUAUUUGGAAUUCUUCGCCUCCUGAAUUGGGACCUUAUAAAAUGAAUGCUAAAUCGAUGAUGAAAGUACCCGAACUAAACGAACCGACCCAAGGAUCUUCAAGAAAGAGUAAGAAGUUGGCUAAUGGGGGGUCUGCGAAUAGGGCUAAUGGUAAACCUGUUAAUCCAGCCUCUGUCGCAGCAUUUGUUUUAAAUAAGAAAGACGAUUCGUCUGAUACUGAUCUCCUAGAUUUGGAAACGAAUUCUAACGAUGGCUUAGAUGAGAAUGUACCGGUAAGUAAGACUGAAUCUAGAUCUAGUAGCAGUGCUGGUGGUAGCUCAAGGGUGCUAUCUGCUGCUGAUUAUAUUCCAGGAACCAAUAUUUUGAGGCCAACAGUUAAUACUCGAGCUUCGUUCUCUAGGGCCCCACCCCAUCAAAAAAAACAACCUAAGAAAAAAUCGAAACCAGAAAUUAUGGAACCAACCCCAAUAAGUUCAUUAGAAAUAGCGUGGGCAAGUUAUUUGACACAUCCAGAUGAAAGAAUAAUGAAAAUAGGACCAGUAAUAUUCUCAAAGCAAUUAACUGAAGUUUUUGAAAGGAGGUACAAAGGUAUUUUGCAUAACGCACCUUUAGACUACGCUACGAAGUUACAAGCGACGAAGUCUAGAGGUAGCUCAAGCUUCUUAUCCCAUGUUGUGCAUGGACCUAGUAAGGGAUUAAGGGGAUCUGUUUCAAGCCUCGAGGGAGAUACCGUCGACGAAGAUGAGUCGAAGGCAAUUACUACUUAUAAGGAUAUUGAAGAGCUAGCUAACCCUACACUUCCAAGAUCAUCGACAGAUAGUAGUAACAAUCCGGCAAGCGGCACGUCUGGCAAACAAAGCAAGUCCUCAAAGCUCAAGAAGUUUUUAUUACCAGGGAAUAAAGGCAAUGACAACGCAGACUCAAGUUCUGGCAAUGGCUCUAAUGCUGCUCGACAAACUUUAGAUAAAGGCAUAACAUGUACAAUGAUGGUUACUUCACAUGGACGAGUAUUGAUUUUCUACCGUAACGAUAUCGAUUCUGAAUAUGCCUUAAUCAAUGAAAUUAAGUUAAACUAUCCAUUUAUCCAGUUCAAGGAAGUUGUAUCUACAAGUACAGCCAAAUUUCAAAAGGGAAUGCCUUCUACCGGUAUAUUUGCCAUCGAAUCGUCGAUAACCACGUUUGUAUUCGAGAUAGAGAAGUUUGAUAUCAACCAAUGGACAGAAUCAUUAGCAAGAUCCAAGCUUAACCAAUUUGAAAGGGAGAUUUUGGGAGUUAGCGAGAGUGAGCCUGUUAAACCUAAAACGUCGAAGUCACCGCCAACCAGAUCGUCACCAAAGCCAGUGGAGUCGCCAGUAUUUACUAAAGCCACCAAAAGGACGGUAUCGCCCGUGGAGAAACAAAAGGCUAUAGAGCGGGCGGUUAGCCCUGCUUCCACUGAGAGCAAGACCCGUCACAAGGAAAAUAUGCUUGCCCACAGACUCAAGGGUAAAUCGGUGAAACGCAAGCCACCACCUCCAAUCAACACCCAUCAUAACUCGAUCAACCACUCAACGGGCCUCGCAUCUCCCACCGAAGCGUACCAGGAUGGCGGUUUGUUGCAUGCAGCCCAGCUUGCUGUAUCGAACAAUGCGAACCACAUUCCUAACGAGUCUAAACGCACUAGUUUCACCAAAGAAACGCAGAAUAAGUACGUGAUUCUUCCUUCGAGCCCCAACCAGUCGUCCAAUUCGGCCAGCAAGAACAUCACUUCCAUGAAUUCGAAGUUUUUGGCCCGAAGCCAAAGAAAGAAGUAG